AUGGAGACGGUGGUUAGGCGUGGAGAAAUCGAGAUGACGGGAUAUCCGUGUCCGCACUGUGAAUACUUCGCUAAAUGGCCUACCGAGCUGCAAAAGCAUAUUAUGGUGCACUCAAAAGAGAGACCACAUCAGUGCAUUGUGUGCGGCCUGACAUACAAGUGGAAAUGGGAUUUAGGCCGUCAUUUUGACAAAAGCCACCAUGAAGCCGCAAAUCCGUACAAGAAGAACCCGUCUCUGGGAGCUGGAAACAUGACGACGGGAGCCUCGGUCACCUUUGACGAAGACGUGGAUAAACCCGGGAGGCUGGCGAACCUGGCGUUAGACAAAGUGUCAGGCUCCAAUGAAUCUACCCUGUCUUCGUGUGGCUCAAAGUGGAGUCCGAGUGAAGUCUCGCCGGCUCGUAUCGCCUGCACUCGUAACUCGGACAUUUUGGCCUCAGAAGAUGCCAAGUUGUGUCUUGCUGCGCCCUCCGAUAACACAAUCACCAACUGCAACUUGCUGCGAUUGUCCCCUUUCCCGCCGGGAUGGCCUCAGUUUCGUCCGCCGAAGCAGAGCCGAAUAAACGGGACUCGACUUCGUCCACAGACCGGACACCGACCCAGGGUC